GGUCACCGCCCAAAAUGGGUUCCAACGUGUCACGGCACCACGAGAAGGGAUUAACCGGUCGGCGGGCACAAUCAACCGAUAAUCUAAAAUCGGACCACAGUCAGUCCUAUCAGCCGUAUCACUACAUAAACAACAAUAAUAAUAACAACAACAAUAACAACAACACCGUCAUCAGUCACAAUCACACGGCGGAUGGCAUAAAAUCGAACGUUCCCCCGGACCUGACUCCGGGUGACGAUUUCCGAGGGCCCUGCGGCGAUGACGACAGUGAACUGUGCCACCGGAUGGACUGCCGAGAGGGAACGGGACCGGCAGCCACAACAGCAACCAUCAACCAUCAAGAUCGGAACAAAUUCUGCGGCAGUCUGCCGAACCACCUGGAUGCGGACGAUGCCUGUGAAGCGAUUUUCAAACAAAAUGAGUUCCUCCAAACGCACCUGAAAAACGUGCUGGCGACCCACCAGCAGCAGCAGCCGGAAUAUGUGACCGCGUCCGGGUUGGCUGCCGCCAUGGGCGGCCAUAUUGCUUCCGCUGGUAAUAAUGCAACCGGUAUCCAACAGCAGCAGCAGCAACAACAACAAAUGCCACAACAGCAACAACAACAGCUUCCACCAACAUAUCAGCAAAGUUCGCCAUUCUACUGCAGUUCCAGUGGCAAAGGAUCGACCAUUUCGUCGUCGACGACAUUGCGGCCGGGCAGUGGCAGUGGAACCGACGGAGGACUAGGAGGAGGAGGAGGAGGAGAUCGGCCGCAGGACGGCCUGGGUACGACGACGACGACUCAGCUGACGCUGCCCCUGCUCCGGUCAGCGACGGCGGCCACGGCGGUGGCGGGUGGCGGCGGCAGCAGCAGCAAUGCCACCGGUAGUAACAGCAGUGGCAGCACAACGGCCGAUACCGGCUGCGACCAGGGCUACGGCAGUGAGCGGUCGCCGGAGGACGAACUGCCGCCACCGUUGCUGCUGAUGCACGAAGCCCAGUACAACGAGAUUCUGGCCUCGUCCCAGCAGCUCCCGCCGAGUGCCAUCGAACCGAACGACCUUCAGCGCUACUGGAACUACGAAAAGGCGGCCACCAGCUUGAUUGCCAGCGGGGAGUACAGCUUCAUUACGAAAGACACCGUUUUUCUCGUCCAGGUACCGAAGGGAACGCGCGGUCUCGGUUUGUCCGUAUCCGGUGGGGCCGACUCGUCGGCACCGUUCCCGGGACUGAUUCGGAUUAAAAGACUGUUUCCGCACCAGGCAGCGUGGGCGACCGGAAUGCUCCAGCCGGGUGACAUUCUGCUCGAAUCCAACGGCAUUCCGCUGACCGGGCUGACCAACUACGAAGCCUUGGAGGUCCUGCGGACCGCACCGAAUUACGUGACACUGACCGUGUGCCGACCGCAGGACGAACAGUACCGCAAGCUGUCGCCCCCCAGUGAGCCCCCGAAGCCGCCCCUGCGAAAUGCCUUAUCGUCGUCGUCCUUCAGCGAGUCGUCGCCAUCGCUUCAGCUUCUUCAAUCACCACCGCCGCCGCCGCCACAGUUGAUGCAGUUUCAGACCCAGCAGCAACCGCAGCAGCAAAUGAUGAUCCCUCAUUACUAUCAGCAGCAGCAGCACCAGCAGCAACAGCAACUGUACGGUUAUCCACCGCAAUCGCUGGCUUUUGCCGGUCAGCAUCAUCCCGUCCAUAAUGGCAGCUUCACCGGGGAAUUCGAGAUCAUCCUCACCAAGCAGCAGGGCUCGCUGGGUUUCACCCUGCGCAAGGAGGACGAAUCCGUCCUCGGGCACUGCGUGCGCGCGCUAGUACGUGAUCCUGCGCUGAACGAUGGCCGCAUCAAGCCGGGCGAUACGAUCGUAGCCGUGAACGAUGUUCCUAUCUCGCAGAUGAGCCACGAAGAAGCUGUGAUAUUUCUCCGGCAGGCUGCCGACGUCGUCAAGCUGCGCUUGUACCGGGAUCAAGCUAUGACGCCCCUGUCGGCUCAAUCGCCGAUUACGAUCGGUGGGCUAGACAGGAUGGAUGAUUGCUCAGCCGAUAUUUGCUCGUCCGCAUCCACUUCCACCGUUGGGCACGGGUCGGGACGACCCAAACCAAACCUUCGUCCGGAAGCGUUAAAUCUUCUAACUGAUAUUGCUCACCGGAAACAGUCAGCCAACAGCAACUCCGGUGGCGGAUCGACCAGUUCUUCCGUGAAAUCGAGCAACGCGUCACCCCGGCGGCUUCGACGUGGCCUGCCCCAAUCGCAGCACUCGAAACGGUCGUCCUACGACAAUCAUGGCUUUCAACAUUCCGGUGGCGAUUCGAUGUCCAACUAUUCCGACUCGGAAACGUCCACGAUCAUAAGUCAGGCCAGUUCGUAUCUGCCCCACCACCAUCACCAUCCAGUUCCGCACCACCAUCAUCACCAUCAGCAGCCGCCUUCGGCGGCGAUGGUCCCUGCUGCGGCAGGAGUCUUCCACAGCGCGUCGUGCCGAUCCUGCGGAGGAACGGCGUUCGCAACUGCGGUGCAACCGCAGAGCCUGGACGAAUUGUACUACUGUGAUGACGAAAUCGAUGCCGAAAGUCUGUACGACGACGAAAAUGGCGACGAACAGCAGCGACGGCCGAACUUCCUCGAUCUGGCCGGCGAAAGCGGCCGUACACCGACGUCUUCGCGGAAACCGAGGUUCCAGUUUUCAGUCGCCAACACGAACGCGUACGAGCUGAACAACCUCGACAACGAAGCACUGGACGCCCCGACGGUGUACGCCCUGAACGGUGGCGUCGACCAGGGCGCGCCCACCGCCGGCAAUGGUGACCAAUUCAUGAGCCUGCCCUGCGAAACAUUCCUGGUGGCGUGCAAAACGGAGAACGACCUGAAUGCGGAUUCGACCGAUGCCAUCUACGUGAAGCACUUCGCCCACAAAUCGCCGCUGUAUUCAUCGGUGAACGUGCCCCUGAAGGACACCGGCACGAACGUCAGCGAGAUGGUGGAUGCCGUCGAGAAAGGAGGCAAACAAAGUCUCAUGAAGUGGAAGGGAGCCACGCUAACAUCGGACGACGAAACGCCAAGCUGCGGAGACGGCAUGCUCUCGGAUCUGACCACUCCCUCCUCCCUGGGAGGAAUGGCCAGCGGAACGCUCACCAGUACCGCCACAGAUUCCAGCCUGGCAGCCACCAUGGGAACAACGAGCACGACAACGCCGACCACCGAACGGGAACUGGCCGAUGACGAUGGUGGCGGAGAGUCGUCGGCGAAUGGAUUCGACGGUGAAGGCAAUAAGAUUUUCACCGUCGAACUGAACAAGCGCUGGAACAGUCGGUUAGGAUUCAGCUUAAAACGGGACGCCGAAGGCGUCCGAACGGUGAUCAGUGCCAUCUACAGCGACAGCGUCGCUGCCAAGGACGGUAGACUGCGAGUCGGCGAUCAAGUCAUUAUGGUCAACGACGAGUCCGUGGAAGCGAUGAGCACCACGCAAAUCAUCGAUUUGCUGCGGAUCAUCCGUGGUUCUAUCUGUCUGCGGUUAGUUCGACGGAAACCGAAGGUUUCCCCACCUGUUGCGGCCAUUGCCGAAGAAAAUGAGCAACAAGCUUCCGCUAGUCCCUCCGUGGAAUCCACCGAACAAAUGGAGGAACAAGUCAUGGAAGAUUUGCAGCAGGAGCAGUAG